AUGUGCAUCGAACACUGUACGGGCCAAGUCGAAGGCGUGCACUCUUUCUACGAUGGCGAGGUCAGCCGCGAGCUGGGCUACUUCGAUCCCGCCAUCUCGCCAGCCUCUUCCUCUACGUCCGCUGCGUCAUCGUCAUCCUCUACACCAGCCGCCUCAGCUACGCCCGCCAAGAAGCUCAACCUGGUGAACAAGGCGCGCAUCAACGUGCCGAUCGCCCUGCACCCGCCGCAGUUCACGGCCGUGGCGCAGGAGCUGGUGCGCAUCGCCCACGAGCGCUGCGCGUCGGUUCCGUGCCUCGACGAGCCCAACACGUGCCGCAUCAACUACUACACUAACAGCGGCAAGAUCGGGUGGCACUACGAUCGCGUGCCGAGCCUGUCCAAGGAGGAGCAGAGGACCGUGACCGACCCCGUCAUCUCCAUGUCCUUCGGCAACAGCGCUGAGUUCCAGUACAAGCAGCGCAUGGACGACCCGGAGGAGAGCGUCAUCCUCGAGUCGGGCGACGUAAUCAUCUUCGGCGGGCCUGCUCGCAUGAUCUACCACAUGGUGCCGCGCGUCAUCAAGAACACCACUCCCAAGGGACUGGACCUGCGACAGUUCGGCCCGGGCAGGUUCAACGUGGGCUACUACUACAACUGA